AUGGACUCAUGGUUGCCCUUGUCUGGCAGCAACAAUGCACUCCAUAUUUUGUAGUGAACAGAGGAGUUCCUGUGAUAUUGCUUUUUUAACUCGCCCACAGGUUAGCAGCACCACAGUUGUUGAAGGCUGAAGAAACCAUUCCUCUCUUUCCCUGUUUUCCUUCCCCCCUCAGAUUUGCAUCUGCGGUGCCAGUCAGAGACUACAUGGCGUGGAGUGGGUAGCUACGCCUCCUCUCAAAGCUUUGGUUUCUUCCAAUAAGAGAUGGAGGUUCAGAUGUCCAGUUCUUCGCUGGGCGCCAUGGGCUCCCUUCUUGGGAAGCUCUGUUCAUUGCUGGUCUCUCCAGAGGAUCAGCUGCCAGAGCCACUGCAGCUUCAGAAGGACAAGCUCAAGCUCCUCAAGCAAGAUCUCGAAGAAAUAAACAAGUUCCUUGUGAAUCUGUCAUGGAUGGAGGCUCCCAACAUGAUGGUGAGGCACUGGAUGAACGAGGUGCGGGAUCUGUCGUAUGAUAUUGAGGAUUAUAUUGACAAGAUGCAUUCCGACCCCAAUACUGAUGAAGUGUCCAGCUCCGGGGUCGAUGAAUUAAGUAGUCUUGUGAACAAGGCCAAGGACGCCCACGAACGACACAACAGGUAUGAUCUUGGUCGUUGGGCAUCGGAUCCUAGAGUUGUGGUCGAUGGGCAAGGCUGGAUUCCAAGGCUCAACGGGGAGGCCACAGAACUUGUUGGUAUUGGUGAUUCCAAGGCCCAACUUAUCAAGCAGCUUAACAUCGAUGUCGAGCAGAGGAUAGUGGUAUCCAUAUAUGGACCUGUGGGUGUUGGUAAGACUACUCUUGCCAAAGAAGUUUACCGUCAAAUUGGAGGGCAGUUCCAGUGUCGAGCUUUUGUUCGAGCCUCAAAGAUGCCUGAUACCAGGAGGCUUCUCCGGAGCAUGAUUUUCCAAGUCCAGCGCCAUCAACGACCCCCUCAAGGUCUCACUGUGCAAGAUCUCAUUGACCACCUAAGAAAACUUCUCCAACAGAAGAGGUAUCUCAUUGUAAUCGAUGGUUUGUGGGAAACAACAUCAUGGGAUAUUGUUAGCAGUGCUUUCCCAGAGGACACACAUUGUAGCAGAGUACUAGUAACAACAGAUAUUCAGGAUGUAGCUCUAGAGUGCUGUGAUUAUCAAUCUGAUGGUAUAUUCACGAUGGAGCCGCUAAGCAGAAAUGACACAAGAGAAUUGCUCUUCAACAGAGCCUUCGGCUCCAAUCAUGAAUGCUCUGAACAACUUAAGGAAGUUUCAGAAGAAAUUAUAAAAAAAUGUCGCGGUUUCUCACUAGCAACACUUUGCAUAGCUCGAGUUUUAGCAAGCAAACCGGACAACUCAGAGCUCUGGCACCAUAUCAAGGAAUCCUUAUCUUGCGAUAUAAGAAAUAAUCUUACUUCAGAAGACAUGCUGAGAGGAAUAAUACACCUGAGCUACAAUAGCCUUCCACAUCAUUUGAAGACAUGCCUACUAUAUUUUCAUAUGUUUCCUGAGGGGUACAUGUUCUUAAAGACUGAUUUGUUGAAGCAAUGGACUGCAGAAGGUUUUAUCAGUGCAGCAGAUGGAAAAGCUACCAGCAAAAUUGCAGAGUCUUAUUUCGACGAGCUUGUCUACAGGGGAUUCAUUCAGCCAAACCGUAUCAAUUUCUCAGAUGAGGUGAUGUUCUACACAGUGCACUCUACUAUCUUUGAAGUUAUCAGAUGCGAGUCCAUGGAAGGGAAUUUCAUCACUGUGAUAGACUACUCUGAAAUCUCUACAAAGCUUUCUGCAAAGGUUCGUCGACUGUCUAUCAGAUUCAGUAAUGCCAAAUAUGCAACAAAACCAGAAGGCAUCACACUGGCCCCAGUGCGAUCUUUAUUCUUUUAUGGACUUGUUGAGUGUCUGCCAUCCAUUACAGAGUUUGAGUCACUUAGAGUUCUAAACCUUGAAGUUUGGGGUGCUCAUGGAGAUGAGUUGGACCUGAGUGGCAUUGACAGAUUGUUUCAGCUGAGGUACUUGUGGGUUUCAACUAAUGUCACUGUAAAGCUACCGACCAUGAUGAAAGCACUACAAUAUUUGGAAACACUGGAAAUCUAUGCAAAAGUAACUACUGUUCCAACAGAUAUUGUAAACCUCGCAACGUUGCAGCACCUCUGUCUUUAUGGUGACAUAAAUUUGCCCGAUGGUAUUGCGUACUUGAGAUCUCUACGUACACUUCAGUCCUUUGACCUUAGCAGUAAUUCUGAGGACAAUGUAAGAAGCCUUGGCGAGUUGAAAAACCUGCAUCAGCUUCAUCUCACCUGUUCUGGAGCCCCAUCUGACCGUCUGAAGAGAAAAUUGAUGGCUUUGGUUUCUUCGCUCGGAAAACUUGGCAACCUAAAUUCUCUUGUUCUAGCUCCUGGUGCUUCAUGCACGAGCAUUUACUCAGAUUGCUCGAACAGUGUGUCUUGUGUGCCCGUUUCUCUUCAGAUACUUGAGAUGUUGCCGCCCAUUUGCAUCUUUUCAAGACUUCCCGAAUGGUUUGGGCAACUCCGUAACCUGCGCAUUUUGAAAGUUCUUGUUGCUGAUCUGCUGGGUGAUGAUAUUGACGUCAUCAUCGGAUUACAGGAACUCACUAAUCUCUCGUUAUAUGUCAGGAAACCAACUAGAGAAAGCAUUGUCUUCAAAUCUGCCACAUUCCCAGUUCUCAAGUAUUUCAAAUUUAGGUGUGGCGUUCUGCACCUUGCCUUUCAGGCAAAAGCAAUGCCAAAUCUUCAGAAGCUCAAGCUAGAAUUUAAUGCCCACAGGGGAGAUCAGUAUAGUGGUAUGCUUGCUGGCAUUGAGCACCUGUUAAAUCUCCGAGAAGUUGCCGCACGAAUUGGGGCUGGAGCUGGGGUCGAGGAAUCAGACAGGAUGGCUGCAGAAUCUGCCUUCAUCGACACCAUUAGCAAGAAUUCAGGGCUUCCCAUGAUCAAUAUGCAAUGGGUUGAUUCAUUCGACGAAGAGAUAUCCCAGUUUUCUGAUCUACAAGCAAGCACUUCUCAUCUAGAUGGCAUCGUCAUUGAUGACCCCGGUAAGACACUUGAUGUGUUCCCCGAAGCGUCGCCAUAUUUGAAGCAGAACCCCACGGCUACAGUAGACAUAAUUGACCUGGAGGCUGACUUCUCGUUGCGGACAACGGCGGGUGUGGGCGAGGAGUGGAUAUCCUUCCACAUGCCGACGGCGGCGGUGAGCGAGGAGCUCAGCACGGCAUUCCAGCUGAUCUCGCCAUAUGACUGCUAUAGCUGGCGCAAGUACGGACUGAAGAAGAAAGUGAAGGCAGGAGUAAGCGAGAACCAACAAAGCUACUUCAAGUGCGGCUUCCCGGACUGCCCCGUCAAGAAGAAGGUGGAGAUAUCGCUGGACGGCCAGACCACGGAGAUCAUGUACAAGGGCUCGCACAACCAUGCCAAGCCACAGAACACGCGCAGGAACUCCAGCGCGGCGGCGCAGCUGCUGCAGGACAGCGGCGCCGAGGCGUCCGAUCACACGUUUGCUGGAUUGUCGGGCGUUACCGUCGCGGGGCUCGAGAAUCCCUCGGCAUCGGUUGGGAACGUGGUCGGCAUGAGGUCACCGCAUAGCUCCGGGUUGGACGAGCACGAGAAGGAUUCCAAGAGAUUGAGGAAAAACAGUGACGGCGAGGGUAUCUCCUUGGCCGGCCGCCGGACCGUGCUCGAGCCGAGAGUGGUCGUCCAAGCCACGAGCGACGUCGACAUAAUUGACGACGGCUUCAGGUGGAGGAUGUACGGACGGAAGAAGCUGCAGAGAAACCCAAAUCCAAGGAGCUACUUCCGCUGCGCGAUGGCCGGCUGCCCGAUGCGCAAGCGCGUGGAGCGCGCGUCCCACGACCUGCGCGUCGUGGUCACCACGUACACGGGCAAGCACAACCAUGAUGCGCCGGCCCGGGGACCCAGCAGCCUGGAUCUUCCGCCGCCGGCGGUGGCCAACCAAAGCAGCGGCGGCGCUGGACAACAACAGUAUGCCCAUGGAUUCAGCAGCGGGGGCUCAGUUGGUGUCAGCAGCGCGUCGGCGCAGGGGGCCGAUGGUGGCAGCUUCGAGGUAUCCACGCCCGACGCGGUCGAACUCGAUCGAGCUAAUACGACGAAUUGGGGCCAAGGAGGAGCCCAGAAUGAGGACAUGUUUUUCCCUGGACGAGUUCAUUCUCUUUGACUGAAGAACUAAUCGCCAGCGCGUUGCAGCAAAUAGGGAUGCGCGCGUACCAUGCACAAGACGAUGCCCAUUGGUCGUAAUAUAUAUGAAUUGCAGGAAAAGAGAGAAAGAGAUAUUGAUGUACAAAUUAUUAUUGUUGUUUAAGAAUAUGUAGGAGAGUAUUAUUAUGCCAAA